GCGUUGCUGCCUGAAGAACAGGCGGUGGGUUUUGCUGUCAGCUUGGCCGGGAGGUAGUGUGCCUGUGUGUGUGUGUGGGGAUAAUUUAAACAUCUCUAUCAGACUGUGAGGCACUUGGCUGUCUGUUACUUGGAUUCCUGGAGUUCAGCAAUACAGGGAGAGGAACACAAGGAGAGGAAAAGAACAUGCCCAAGGAGAAGAAAUCCACAGAUGCUUUUGAUGAUGGCAUUGUACAGCUGAAGGAUAUUUCUGUAUGGAGAGAAGAUGCAAAACAAAUAUACCUGAAAGAAAAACUGGAGGAUAAAGACCAGGAUGAAUAUCCUCCAAUGAAAGAAAAAACAGUUGAAGAAGGUGAAGAAGUGCCGGCUCCAAAAACCCACAAGCUGAGCGAAAAUGUUUCACUGUACCGAGGUGACAUAACGAAGCUUAAAAUUGACGCAAUUGUGAAUGCAGCAAACAAAAGUCUGCUUGGAGGAGGUGGAGUCGAUGGCUGCAUUCACAGAGCCGCGGGACCGAAAUUGUUGUUAGCCUGUCGCCAACUAAACGGGUGCAACACCGGAGAUGCCAAGAUUACACCAGGCUACGAUCUUCCUGCAAAGCAUAUCAUCCACACUGUGGGACCUAUAGCAAGAGGGAGCUGUGAUGAGCGUCUCAAACGUCAGCUGAGAAACUGCUACGAGGCUUCCCUCAAACUCUUGGAGAUACAGGGGCUGAAAUCUAUUGCGUUUCCUUGUAUAUCCACUGGCAUCUACGGCUUUCCUCAGGACGAUGCAGCUGAGAUUGCGGUGUCCACUGUGAAAGAAUGGCUGACUGAGAAACAAGCUUUGGUUGACCGGAUUAUCUUCUGCGUUUUCUUGGAAAGCGACCAUAAGAUUUACAAGGAGAAGAUGCUUCACCAUUUUCCGAUAGACGACGAAGAUAUGCAUGAAAACUCCCCCUUGACAAAGAAGUAUAGAAGUAAAGAAUUGUCGGAGAAGAGCGAAGAUAAGAUUGAAGUUUCCACAGAAGAAAGCCCUGAUAGUCAAGCAGAAAAUUCACUGAAAAAGAAAGAAGACGAAAAAUGUACUGGUUCACCUUCAGUGCCCCUGGAAAGUCAAGAUGAUGACUCUAAACCAAGUGAUGUGUACAUGGAUAGCCAAAUUGAAGAUCAAUCUGAAGACAAUGAAAUGCCAACCCAGCCUUGUAGCCAAACAGAAGGAAUGGAAAUGGGUAACUCUCAAGCUCAGUCAGAGGGUACACAGAAAAUGAGCGACGAUGAAGAAAACUCUCCCACUCAAGGAGAAGAUAAGGAGAAUAAUGAACACAUACCUUAUAUUGAUGACUGUGAAGACGAAAGUGGACAAUGAGGACACGACUCGAAGGAUAACAAGACAGGUCGAUGUCCGUGAAGGCAAACUGUCCCUCUUUUAGACCUCCAGAAGGUGGAUGGUACAAUUUUGUGCUUGCGUUUAGAUCGCCAUCUUGUUCAGUUUUGUGUAUCCAAAUUCUGGGAUGUAUUAUGUUUCGUAAUUGUAAUUAUUGAGGGAAAUAUUUUGGCCUAAUAUUGUGCUUUGAAAUGAUACAUUUACUGCCUACAACUGGUGUUCCAUUGAACAAGAGAAAUUGGAUCCGAUAUCAUAUCAGCUUCACAACCGGAGGAUGACCUCACUGUAUUUAUCCCUAUUACGCCUCUGCUCCUUGAGUCAGUGUUUACUUAAACUUGACCCUGAAGUUGCCAUAGAAUCCAACAGUGACAGAUCUAGGCCCCAUUCAGUCAGCCAUACCUGUCCCAUUGCUGUUCAGAUGUGUACACAAACUCAAUAGCCAAUUGUUUGGGAUCUCUUCUCUUUAGAGAGAUGGUGGAUGAAUUUAAAAAUUGAUUCGCUUUGUUAAUAUUUCCUCCUCUGGCAAUCCCUUGAUACCACGGUAAAGUUGGUUCCCAGUGGAGAGACUAAGGAAGAAUGAAAAUUGAGUUGUGAGAUUUGCCAGAGAAGUUGACAGUGGCUCUUCUCAUCUGAGAGGGAGACAGCAUCGGCAAAUACAGGCCAAACCAGCUGAUGGCUUGGUUGUUAAAUUGGAUCUUACCUCUUUAUGUUUCACGUCUCCUUUAGCGUUUUGCACCAUGUUAUCCCUCCUGGCACACAGAUUAACAAAUUGUCAUGGUUGUGGCAGUUCCUCACUUAUUGAUGCCAAUCUCUCUCUCUCUCUUCUUAUUCUUUUUCCUUAUUUUAAUUCAUUUACAAUACGUGGGCAUCAUUGUCAUGGCCAACCAGCAAUGGAAUUCCCUUCCUAAAUCUCUCAGCUCCAUCUCUUCUCCUUUGAGAUGCUUUUUAUAACCUGCUGCUUUGAUCAAGGUUUGGUCAGACCUCGGCAGGUUUCAAACAUUGACUGGUUGCUGUUCCUGUGAAACGCCUCGGGAUGUUUUACUGCAUUGUAAGGUUAAAGUCAUCAUUGUCCCAGAGGACCAAUCAGGCUGUUCUCCCAGCUCAGGGUCCUGUCCUGAUAACUCCACUGGGAAUAGGGCAGUGCCUUUCCCACAUUAGCACCAACAGCUCUGCUUUGGAUGCAUUGCACUGAGAAAGUAAACCAUUUCCCAAAUUACUUCCAAGAUUUUCUUUUCCCCUGAGUAGCUUUUGAUUUCUCAGAAGCUCAGGGAGUUUGAAUAACAGAGUCAAAAGUGGUGAUGACUGUGAGGGGGACUAACUCCAUUUGAUAAAAGAAACUCUGAAAUCCAGGUCAUGGCUACUCAUCGCUCAAAGGUGAUAAAUGUUUAGUUGACUUGAGAAAUCCCUGUGCAACUCAGACCAUGCCUCACUGUUUGCAAACAGCGAUUAGCUUGCCAUUGAGCAAUUGUUUGCAAAUCCUUAAUGCAUAUCUGAAAACUCCAAAGCUAGAGGAUAAUGUUUCUGAUAAGCUAGAAAUAAUUCAGUAUUAUUGCAGUGUGAUCAACUGGGAACUCAAGCUUAAUUUACUUAAAUAUUCACCAGUUGCUCUAGAGAGUCAGAUUUCCUUUAGCAAGGAAGCUCACCACCGUUCAUUUGACAGAAUGAGUGUUAGUUAAUGUUCGUCUCAGCUUUCUCUCACUCAAUGUCAGUACAGAGCUGCUCAUUCAGCCUGGAGAGGUGAAACAUAGAUCCGUGAAUGGUCUUGUCCCUAUCAUUUUGGUCUCCAAGGAGAGAUAUUUUAAUCUUCUGCUGUUCCUGUCACUUUAACUUAUUCCGUCAUCUCUCACAUUACAGAGGUCUGCAAUAUUACACAAAAAACAUCUGCUGCCCUAACCCCAGAACCACACUUCAAGAAAAAAGCCCUGGGAUUUCGCAUUUGUAGGACAUGAAUUUUAUUGCCCUUGGCCCAUGUUUGUUUAUCUAAAAACACACUACCACCAUGCAAGCGAGUUUUGUUAAAUUAUGGCAGCAAGUUAGUUGUGAAGCUGGUGAUUACUAGGCACCAACUUGUUUCCAACUGGAGUAGAUGGAUAAUAAAGUUUUGCGAUGUAUAGUACAUUGUUAUCUUACCUCCCCAGUAAAUUACAGCUGAUAUAAUUGGGCCUAUCGGAAUGAAUGAAACUCAACACAGUUAAAGUGUAACACUGAGCAUUCUCGAUAUGAAGAGCCAAGGCAGCAAGGUUCAACAUCAAAAGACUGUCAUUAAAUCAGAAAUCAUGGAAUGCUUGCUGUAGAGGUGGAGGCCAUCCGGCCCAUCAAGUCUCUGAGAGGACAACUUGACUCACCCCACUUUUCCACCCCUUCCCUGGAACUCGGCAAACCCUCCAUCUCCCAGCAGACACAUAGCACCCUUCUGAAAGCCCCCCCCCCCCCCCUCCAGGGCACAGUGUAUGGAAUUCCGCUGGGAGUUGGAGCACUUAACUCCCUGCUUCGUGAUGGUGUGCCUGGCCCCCAGACAGCAGCAGACACACACUGAUCUGGACCUACAGGGAGUCAUUUGUUAUAAGAGGUGAGGUGGGAAGCCUCACCCAAGGUGGACUUGAUGUGUAACAAUAUCCUUUACUGAAACAAGAAGGAUACAGUCCUUUCUGAAUAAGGAAUGAUUAUGGUCCAUCAGUAAUCCAACAUAUACUAUCCUGGGGAUCAUACGAUACAAAAUGGUUGAAUUGUUGACAGUGACCUGUCUCUGUCAAUGAGUCUACAUCAACUCAGACAUGAGGCAAGGCACUCCCUCCAUUCCCACCAGGUGUUGGACAGCCCUGGGACUCAUAGACCUCAAGUCAUACAUUCCUCCCAAUCUUGCUCCACUUAUCACACAUCAUGUUUUAAAUGUUUUAGAUCCCAGCAUGUUACUUUCUAAAGAAGUCUGUCACAUUUGCAUCAAGUAGUUCAAUACUCACAGUUUCCAGAGUCUCUCACAGGAUGCUGUUCUAUAUAUUGGUCACUGACCUACUGAGAUAUUGCUUUUUACUUGAACAUGAGAAUGUAUCAUCUAAUGUAGAUCCCCAUCUCUCAGUCUGUAUCCUCAGCUUCUCUUGUUCCACACAAAGUGCAAUUGGAUCUAUGGUCUCUAAACGCAGCCGUCAUAUCACCAAAGUAUAAUGGGCAGAAUGGCCUCUUGCCAUGAAGUUUGCUUCUAUAUUAUCUCUUAAUUGUUCACUUGUUCACCAACAACAUGCACAAUUUAGAAUAAGCCACUGAUCAUGUCCCCCGUUCUGCCCUAUCCCUGGUAUUCCAAGUGGUCAUGUCAAAAACACUCAUAUUUAAAAAUGCAUUUUGGCCUUCUUUUAAAAAUAUAAUAACUUUGUUGACAGUUUUCUUUAAUUUUUGUCUCAAAUUGGCUUGGGCAUUUCUUUUAGAAGUAGGAGAAGGUUGACAAUGCAAUCACUGAGGGGAUUUAGUGCAGCUCGUUCCUAUAAUGACCAGUUCCUCUGUCUUAAUUGGUACCUCAGUUGUUAUAGUAUUGGCUAAUCUUAGUAGCUAAUACUGGGCACUUUGGAAAGGGUAGUUCUCUUGCAUUUAACUGUUUUGUUCAAGGAUAUGCUGUCAGGGAGAAGCAUAGGUUCAUCGACUCGCAGAAUGAUGGAGCAAGCAGGGAGGCCACUCAGCCCUUGUGUCCUAUGCCAGCCUUUUGUUAAAGCUAACUCUCUCUAAAGCUGUAACUCUCGGCUCAGACCGACAGAGUAACAUCUGAUAGAACUCAAUCCCGUUGUUCCUGAGACUGGCAUCUCAUGGCAAGAGGGUAAGAGGGAUUGUAGAAAUCACAGGGAUGGGAGUUUUAGGUAGAUCUUGACUUCAUGAUGCCAAUGUAAAAAAGACAUUAAUAGGUGAGCAGCCCACUUGACAUCCCUCCUGACAAAUAUAAAAUAAAAUAAUACAAGGAGGACUAUCAGAUGUGCUGUAUCAUCAGUCAAAGUCUAUCCCAUUGAAAUACCAUGUGGUCUGAUAUGAAGCCCUGAUCCAAAUCUACUGCUCAAACCUCCAGAUUUGUCCAGUUUACAAUAAAAAUGUUCUAAACACACUCUCUACCAAUUUUAUGGAUUCUGUGAAACUGCCUCUUGCAGUGUAUGCUUGCUUUGCUUUAGACAAUGUUUAGAUAGAUGUCUUACUUUCCAUAGACUUUUCAGGAAUACAGUUUGAUUUUUUUUUCCUUUGAUGCUUUAAGAUUUGCCUUACCUCAUGGUAUGUAAUAGUGACUGGCAGCUGUUUCUUGUAAACCCGAGGCAAGUGGAUCAAACUGGAAAUGAUCCUCCCGAUCUAAUGCCUUGUUAUCAACAUGUUAAGUAGCCAGCAUUACAUAAUCGAAACAAAAAGGCUUUUUCCUCGUCAUCUCUCUCUGUGCCAUGAAUUUGGAAUGUUGCCAAUACAAAAUGAUACCGUCACACUUGGUCUGUUUAAUAAAAUGAACGA